AUGACUUCAAACGAAGGGGCAGCUGGACGCCGGGGAUUACCGAAGAUUCAGACGGACAAGAGUCAUGACGAAAUAUGUCACGACGACAGCGCGCCAACCGUGAAGGCUCAAACAAUAGACGAGCUUCAUUCGCUGCAGAUGAAGAAGUCAGCUCCUUCUACUCCCACUCCCGACAAGACUCAGGAUGUUGCUUUUGCUCCUCCGUCUGGCCAAGAACGUCAGAAACAGCAGCUGCAGUCCAUCAGUGCUUCUCUAGCAUCGCUGACGAGAGGAUAUGGACCCAAACUGGUGAAAGGAGACCCAGCCAGAAAGGCCGAAACUGCAGGGGUUUCACACGUAACCCAACACCCUGCCCAUGGCACCCCAACCAUAAGCGUUAGUGACAGUUCCUUGAAAUUCACUCACAUCCUCUACAACCUCUCUCCCGCUGAGUUAUACGAGCAGGCGAUCAAGUAUGAAAAAGGGUCAUUUAUUACGUCUACUGGUGCACUGGCAACGCUUUCUGGUGCCAAGACUGGACGUUCCCCUAAGGAUAAACGUGUCGUUAAAGAUGAGACUACACAUGAUGACCUUUGGUGGGGAAAGGGAUCGCCAAAUAUUGAGAUGGAUGAGCAGACAUUCAUGGUCAAUAGAGAAAGGGCUGUGGAUUAUUUGAAUUCUUUAGAGAAG